CAUAUUUAUAUUAUCAUCUCACAAGAAUAAUAAGAAAACAAAUAUAACACCUAAUAAGAAAAAGAACGGACCACCGUGUAAUGACGGUGGCCGUCAAGUCGACCAUAUUCCCAAAAAUACAAAAAUAAUAAUACUCAAGAAAAUAAUAAAAAACCCCUUCUUCAUUUCACAGCCUACAAUUCACAACAAAGUAACGGUGUGCAGUUGUCAAUAAUCUUCAGAUUCCUUCACACACCAACGAUCGAAAUACUCGCCGAUCUAUCAGUACAACCGUCCGAUCACCCCACAAUCCGAGAUGGGUACGAUGCAAACAUGGCGGAAAGCCUACGGUGCUCUCAAAGAUCAAACCACCGUUGGAUUAGCACAUGUUAAUAGCGAUUUCAAGGAUGUGGAUGUUGCAAUUGUUAAGGCGACUAAUCAUGUUGAGUGCCCCCCUAAAGAAAGGCACAUCAGAAAGAUUUUGGCGUAUACGUCUGCGAUUCGGCCUCGGGCGGAUGUGCAGUAUUGUUUACAUGCUUUGGCUAGGAGAUUGGCGAAGACGCGUAACUGGACGGUGGCGUUGAAGACGCUGAUAGUUAUCCACCGGACACUACGGGAGGGUGAUCCAACUUUCAGGGAAGAACUAUUAAAUUUUCAACAAAGAGGUCGUGUUCUCCAGUUAGCUAAUUUCAAGGAUGACUCAAGCCCCGUCGCUUGGGAUUGUUCUGCUUGGGUGCGUACGUACGGACUUUUCUUAGAAGAACGACUCGAGUGCUUCAGAAUUUUGAAAUAUGAUAUUGAAGCUGAGCGAAUCCCAAGACCGGCCCAAGGUGAAGAAAAUAAGGGGUAUAGCAGAACACGAGAUCUUGAAAGUGAAGAGUUAUUGGAACAACUGCCUUCUUUGCAGCAGCUACUUUAUCGUCUUAUGGGAUGCAGGCCUGAAGGUGCAGCUGUCGGCAAUUAUUUGAUACAAUACGCCCUGGCUUUGGUUCUUAAAGAGAGUUUUAAAAUCUACUGUGCUGUAAAUGAUGGAAUCAUCAAUCUUAUUGAUAAGUUUUUUGAAAUGCCAAGACAUGAAGCUAUCAAAGCCCUUGAUAUAUACAAAAGAGCCGGUCAGCAGGCUGCGAACCUUUCCGACUUCUAUGAUGUCUGCAAAAGAUUGGAGCUUGCUAGAAAUUUCCAGUUUCCUGUUUUGAGAGAGCCUCCACAAUCUUUUCUUGCAACAAUGGAAGAGUACAUAAGAGAAGCCCCACGAUUGGUCGCUGGUCCCGCACAGCCAUUAGAAUUCCCAGAAAGACUUAUGUUGACUUAUAAACCCGAAGAAGAUAACACCCCUCAUGAAGAAGAUACCGAUUCCCCUAUUGAGGAACCGAAACCGCUGCCCGAAGAUGACCUCAUCGCUUCUAAUGAUGUACCUGAGCCUACACAAGCGCCACCCGCACCGACUUUCAACAGCAGGGAUCCUGAUGAUUUAUUGGGGUUGAAUUUCGAUGCACCCAGUGGAUCGGCUAUCGAGGAAAGCAACGCCCUGGCUCUUGCCAUCGUUCCAUCUGAUACUACGUCUUCUGGAUCGGCUUUUCAAACGAAAGAUUUUGAUCCGACCGGCUGGGAACUUGCUUUGGUCUCUACUCCUAGCACCAAUAUUUCAUCUGUUCAGGAGAGGCAACUGGCUGGUGGACUGGACUCGCUGACGCUAAACAGUUUAUACGAUGAAGGAGCAUAUAGAGCAUCUCAGCAACCCGUGUACGGAUCACCAGCACCGAACCCAUUUGAAGUAGCCGACCCGUUCGCUAUGUCGGCUCAACCAGUUCAACCUCAAAUGCCACAACCAUAUCAAGCUAACCCCUUCGGCCCAUACACCCAACCUGCCGCUCUCUAUGGACCUCCACAACAACCACCGAAUCUGAUAAUGGCCCCACCGAACCCAAUGAUGGCCCCACCGAACCCGUUUAUGGAUUCAGGGUUUGGCUCGUUUCCAGUCAACAAUAACAAUGCUCAUCCCCAAACCACGAAUCCGUUUGGAACAACCUUGUUAUGAUACAACUAUGAAUCUAUAGUCGAAAGGAAAAAAAGAAAUUUGUUGGUAUAUAUCGGAAGAUGGAUGAGAGUCGAGAGUCGAGACGUUUGUUGUGGUUUUGCAUUCGAUCAAGAAACCGAUACGAUAUGAAAUUCUUGUUAGUUUUCGAAAGGCGUAUGUAGUUGUAAACAAUGACUUAUGGUUGAUAAUAUGGUCAUGUGGUUUGGCUUGUAAACAUUUUUAUCCUAUCAUUUGUUUGGAGCUUUUGAUGGAUUAUUAUUUUUUUAAUUAUUAUUUGGACCAUUUUCCCAGA